AUGACGAAAGGAGACUUUGAAGAUGAGAAUAUGAACAACAAUAAUAAUCCGUACGAUGUUUUAGGCAUCAGUCGAACGAGUUCUUCGGAGAAAGCGAGGAAAGUGUUCCUGGAGAAGUGUAAACGUUUACAUCCGGACAAAAGAAAAGUUCAUGGAAGAGAGGAGGAGGAGGAAAAUAACGCAUCGUUCGAGAGGAUGAAAGCGGCGUACGAGAAGAUACUCGAGCGAGAGAAAGAAGAGAAGAGAGAGAAAGAGGGAGAAGAAAAACGAGAGGAGGUUUUGGAGGUGAACGAUAUCGAGUGCGGGCGCGUGGCGUUUCAGGAGAAAAAGUUUGACACCGCGAUUGAGUUUUUCCAGAAAGCUUUGAGUUCGUCGUCACAUGUGGAAAAAGCGAGAAUUUACGCGAAUUUAUCCGCGUGUUAUCUGAAAACGAACAAGUUUAAGUUGGCGUUAGAGCACGCGGACGCGAGUUUCGAGGUGUCCAAGAAGACGUUUCCGAAGGCGUUGUUUCGUCGCGCGGAGGCGUUGGAGAAGAUGAGAGAGUAUCCGCGCGCGCGAGAGGCGUUGGAUCAAAUGUUAAGGAUGGACGCGACGUUCGUGGACGAGGUGCAUCCGAAAUUGCGAGAGCUGGCGGUGAAGGAGAGAGAGUACGAGAAAAAGUUGGCAAAGAGCGAACGCGAGAAGGAGAAGAGGAAGGAGAGAGGGAGAAUGGAAGGGCAGCAACCGGGGACGAUGCCGAAAUGGGAGAUUUCGAAGACGACGGCGCCGAGAGGAAUGGAUGAUAUUGAUGCCGAAGAGGAGGAGACAAACGAAGAACGCGGCGUAGAAAAAGAAGAAGAUGAAGGAGAAGAAGAAGAAGAAGAGUUGUACGAGAAACCUAUGAUUGACGGCAUGGGAUUGGAAGCGAUUGAACAGAUGAUGACGUUGGCCCAAAUUAAACGCGAGGAGGCAAAAGCGAUGGAGUACUCUGACGAUCCGGCACCUCUUGCACCAAAGGAGGAGAAGAAGAACGCGAGUAAAGAUUUCAAUUUUAAACGGUGCAAGAUGUGUGGGAACGUUUGUAAUGUCAGGAUGAUGUCCUGCUCAUCGUGCUGUUUGUCUCUCGCGGACGCCUCGAGCUUCACGCCGGUGUACAAUCUCCCAAAAGUUGCCUCGGGCGAGAACGGCGACGGAAUGGAAGAGAACGACGACGAAGAUGACGACGAUAAGGACGCGUACGCAUCUUCUUCGAGUGAUGACGACGACGACGAGGACAACGACGAGAUGAUGCGUCAAGUACUUCCGUCGGUAGCGGCGACAUCGGAGAAGCAAAAGAAGAGUCUCGAGGCGCUCGCGCGCAGACGCAACGAACGACAACAACAACAACAACAGCAUCAACCGAUAACCAACGAAGUCAAAAGCAAGGAUGCUGCAUCAUCGUCUUUAUGGUGGUGGCAAACGGACCCAAUGUUUGCACCAUAUCUCGGUGGAGCUCCCGAACAUAAGAGAGGAUACGAUCCAUCGUUACAGAGCGCUUACGACGAACUGAAAAUCCCGCUCGGCUCGGGCGAAUCGCGAGUCCGCGACGCGUACUUGAACCAAAUAAUGGCGCGUCACCCAGACGCCGCCGGUUCGAAAAAAAAGCUUUUAAAAGCACAACAAGCGUACGAAACUAUCGCGAAAGAUUUCUGGAGGCACGAUUCCGGAUGCGCGAGUAUGCGCAAAAAAUUUGACCAAGCGCUCAAAAAUACGACGACGGAAACGCAAUCGUACGAUCCAACUAAGAGGACCAUCUUUGUUUCUCUCCGCGUCUACCGCGAUUUAGAAGCCCAACACACGCUUCACUCUUUAUUCGAAAAUGCCAAGGACCCAUCGCGCGUGUUCGUCGGCAUUUGUUGGCAAUACAAAACGGAAACGACCACAGAAGUCUCUUCGAAAACCGGCGAACGCGAACGGUGCGUCUGCCGCUUGCACUACGCGGUCAAUCGCAUAACCGCAAAAGCGGAGGAAGAAGUGGCUAAGAUGAAAGGCGAACAAGAUCCAGAAAAGUAUUUAACGGUGGACGUGAGAAAAGUACAGUUGGAAGUGCAAGAAUACGAAGACGAGAAGGAGAAGAAGGCGCACAACGCGCGCGCUAUUUUCGACGGCAUAAAAAACGAGAAGGAAAAGGAAUGGUUGAAAAACGUGAGAGAAACGCACGUGAACUGGGAUUCGUCGGAUGGGCCGUGCUAUUCGAGACACUUAGCCGAUCGAUUGUGGGGUGGCGAAUCGCAUAUUUUAUACGUCGACGCGAAAACGGCAUUCGACGCCGAUUGGGACGAAACGUUGUUUCGCGAGUUGGAAGAAGCGGAAAAGGAUAACGAAGCAGACCACAACAAUGAUAACGGUGUCGUCUUAACCGCACAUCCAUUAGGGUACGAUCUGGAAACUUCCCCCGUUUUGAAUCCGGAAACGUACGAGACGGAUCACCACGUGUUCAUAUACGGCAAAAGAAUUUUUCCGUCGAAAGAGGAAAGAAACGCUCCGGCUAUGCUCACCGCGCACGCGUUCGGGAAACAUUUCCCGCACUUUUUCGCGUCCAAGUUACAUGCGAAACCAGAGAGGUCGUUAAAAUCACCAUUCGUGUCGAAUUUGUUCACGUUUGGUCCGAGUGAGGCGUUCAUUCGAGAUUGUCCGUCGGAUGUGCACGCGCCGUUUUUGUAUUUAGGCGAAGAAGUGUCUACGUCUAUCAAGUUGUUUACCAAAAAUUGGGACGCGAGAACACCUCCAAUCGUGCCGCUUUUACACUGUCACGAUCCGCAACACAGACGCGAGUCUUUUCUAGAAGACAGACGCAAAGGUCGUUUGUUAUACGCGAGCAUUUACGACGCCGGAUACGGGACACCUCAAGCGGUCAAUCGACGAACGCGGUUGAACGAGUACUCCUGCCGGCGUAUUUUUCAAAUCGUGUGCGACGGCGCAGUUUCAGAAGACGCCGCCGGCGGGAAGGUUAUCGUACGCGAUGACGAUAAGUUUAACAUCGGAAAUGGAAGACGCGCGAAAGAGUUCGAAUCAUUUUCGGGCGUGUCCAUUCGCGAAAAGCGCAUCACCGAACGCGCGAAAACAGCCGGAUUAGAGCGCGAAAAAUUCGAGAAGAACGAGAAACGUAAGUGUAAGUUUCUCGUACCGAUAAAAACGAUCAGCGGGACAUCGCAGGUAAAAGAGUUUUUAUACGCGAGCGCCGUGAAUGAUGCCUUCUAA